AUGAAGCCUUCGAAGAAUUCUCUUCUCGUUCUGGCCGCCUUUUUCGGCCUAGCCACAGCAAUGGUGAUCCCAACGAAUUCAAAUGACGUUCCUCGGGUCUCCGCCACAACCACAAUCAAGGAAGAAUAUUCGGUCCCCUUCAAUAUGACCAAGUUCAAAAUCAACUCACCAUUUGUCGUCCUCAACUCUUCUCCUCCCUCCCCAUCCCCGUCCCACUCGAACAUCAAACGCACAUCCGGCAAGCCAUGGAAGGAGGGACAAAAGGCCACACCACGGCCCUGUCCCUACCCGAAGACCCGCCCAUGCAUCACCCAGAAAGAGAUCGACCAAGGAUGGCAUGAUAUAAGCGGGUGUUUCAACGAAACCUAUUUUCUUUUAAUCGGCCGUACAUAUUGCUGGGAAGCGGGGGAUGAUUGUGUAAAGGCGGAUUGUAGAUAUUGA